UCCCUAGUACAAACACGGAAGCCGAAGGAAAUGUAUUCAUACGCUCAUGGGAAAUCCAAAUGUUUCAGUUUCAGAUUAUCCGUUAACGUCGCCCUUCGGGUUAAGGAAAAGUCGAGUUGAGUUCAAUGUGUUGGGAAAUGAAAACAGAAAGUCUUGCAGUAGCCAUUGUAGAAACGAUUCUUCCAAGAGAGCCCCGGUUACUGCCCCUUCCAUAGUAGCUUAUUUCUGUACUGUAGUUGAUAUGGCAUUUGAUCCAGCGCGCAGGAUUAUGACGCCAUCGUCCUGCGAUACGUUCGUGGCUUUACCUCCAGCCUCAGAGGGACAGCGCGUCAUCUUCGGCAAGAACUCGGAUAGACCCUGCGAUGAGGUGCAAGAGGUGGUUUACUUCCCGUCCAAAGACUACAGUCCGGGAGACAAAGUCGAGUGCACAUACAUAGAGAUAGAGCAGGCGGCCCAUACUCAUGCUGUAGUGUUGAGUAGACCAGCAUGGCUCUGGGGAGCUGAAAUGGGAGCCAACGAACACCAGGUCUGCGUCGGAAAUGAGGCUGUGUGGGGGAGAGAAAGCGCCACCAGCGAAGAGGCUUUACUGGGCAUGGAUCUAGUGAGAUUGGCUCUGGAGAGAGCAGACAGUGCGGAGAAGGCUCUGAAUGUGAUUGUGGACCUUCUGGAAAAAUACGGGCAGGGUGGCAACUGUAUGGAGGAUGAAUGCACUUAUAUCUACCAUAACAGCUUCCUCAUAUGUGACCGCACUGAGGCCUGGGUGCUGGAGACCUCUGGGAAAUACUGGGCUGCAGAGAGAAUAGAGAAUGGCUAUCGUAAUAUUUCUAAUCAGUACUCCAUCACCACAAAAAUCGACAAGGAGCACCCGAGGAUGCGGGAGUAUGCGCGGGAGCAAGGCUGGUGGGACGGCAAGGUGGCAUUCAGUUUUGCAGAGGUUUACUCCUUUAUGACUACAGCACGCACAGAGGCUGCUUGGGGUCGCUAUUGUGAGGGACGCAGGCUUCUGGAGAAAAUCAAAGGUCACAUCACAGCUGAGACCAUGAUGGAUAUACUGAGAGAUAAAGAGAGUGGAAUUAAUAUGGAAGGCAUGUUCAUGACAACAGGAAGCAUGGUAUCUGUGCUCCCUAAGGACCAGUCACUGCCUGGGGUUCACUACUUCACUGCAACCCCUGACCCAGAAAGGUCUGUUUUCAAGCCGUUUAUCUUUGUAGCAGACAUAAAGCCAAUGAAUCAUACCUGUUCCCCGUGUUUCGGAGAGGACGAUCCAGUGAAGAAGAAACCUCGCUUUCAGACCAAGCCCAACCGUAAACACCCCCUAUUCAUGAAACAUGAGGUGGUAGCUGCUAUAAUCGACAGCACACGGGAGAAAGGUCAGAGGAUCGUGCAGAAAAUGCAAGAGGUGGAGAAGCAAAAAAUGGCAGAAAUGGAGACGUACUUAACUACAGGUGUGGAGGACUCGACUCUGCUGGUUCAUCUCUUCUCAAAUACAGUUGAGGAAGAGCUGAGGGUUUACAGCAAAGCCUGAAACAGCCUGGAUAGACUUUUAGAUCUUAUAUAAUUAAAACGAUUAAUUUAUGAACAGAAACAAAAAGUCGAAAUGUACUUAAUUGCACGUAAUUUAAAUGCACAUAAAUUGCACAUAAUUCAAUAUACAGCCAUUCCUUCAUGUGUGAAAUUACUCUGGUUAUACAAAUAUAGCAUGAUGACAAUAGUUAAAUACAGGUAUAAAAAUCUGUGAUCUUUUUUCCCCCCGAUCAACAAGAACAGACGAUCAACAACAAACAAACGCUGUACGAGUAAUUUUAAAAAAGGCAUUCAUUACAAAGAUUUCUGAUCAUUAAUUCAUCAAGCACAGAUUUCAGCAAGACUAAUUUGCUUUAUAGAUCCAAGACAAGGUUGAAGUGGCGGUUACACUUUCCCCCCCCACUAUAAAUUGCAUGUAAUUUAUACAAAAAAAGUGCACUUUGGGGGAAAAAAAGGUUUAUUUGAAAAUCAAAUUAAAUUUUAGGGAUAUGCAAUGUAAACAUAAACAACUGCACCUCCAAUAAAUAAAGUACCAAAAUGCUAUUAGCCUAUAAGCAUGUUUUGGUUUCUUUCUUUCUUUUGUUUUUACAGACAGUGUUGCUGGUGUUACAUAGUGCUAACAUUAGACAACUGACAUGUGGACAGAAUCCCUGCAAGUACUGUUAAGGGUCGAUCAUUUAAGAGGGUUGUUUUAAAUGAUGCACACAAAUGAACAGAUCCUCUUCCACAGCUUUCAGAGGAAACAUCAUUGAUUAUUAGAACUUGAACAGUAUAUGUACUGGUAUGGCACACUCAUACAAUGUGUUACAUAUAGAUUUAUGAUAUUGAAUGUAUUUUGGACUCAUGGAUUGAAUAAUGGAAUAAAUGACAAUGUAUGGCAACAUGAUUGAAAUCAUAACCUUUAAAGAGUCAGAAAUAAUGAUGAUUAUUAUAAAUAAGUAACAACAAACUCCCCCCUGAGUGUUUCUGUAUGCAUUUUAUGUAUUGAUCUUUGUGGAAGACCAGAAAUACUUCGCAAGUAUACAAGUACACUCACCCUCCAAUUUAUUAGGAACACCUGUACAUUCAUGCAGUUAUCUAAUUAGCCAAUCAUGUAGUAGGAGAGCAAUGCAUGAAUUCGUGUGAUUUUGGUGACUUUGAUCAUGGCAUGGUUGUUGGUACCAGAUGGGCCGGUUUGAGUAUUUCAGAAAAUGCUGAUCUCCUGGGAUUCUCACACACAACAGUCUCUCGUUUACACGUGUGAAAAACAAACAAACAACAAAAAAAACCAUCCGAUAUGGAAGCUCUACAAACUGAAACGCCUUGUUGAUGAGAGAUCAGAGGAGAAUGACCAGACUCGUUUGAGGUGACAGGAAAUCUAUAGUAACUCAAGCACUCUACAACCAUUUUGAGCAGAACAACAUUCAGUAUGCACAAAACAUUGAACCUUGAGGUGGAUCAGCUACAACAGUUGAAGACCACAUCAAGUUCAACUCCUGUCAGCCAAGAACACGAAUCUGAGGGUACCACGGG